CUCUCUCUAGAAAAAGUCAAGUGAAUAAUAUGGGGAGGCAUUCUUGCUGCUAUAAGCAGAAGUUAAGAAAAGGGCUAUGGUCACCAGAAGAAGAUGAGAAGCUUAUGAAACACAUCACUACAUAUGGCCAUGGCUGCUGGAGCUCAGUUCCUAAGUUAGCUGGUCUUCAAAGGUGUGGAAAGAGCUGCAGAUUGAGGUGGAUCAAUUACCUGAGGCCUGAUUUGAAAAGAGGCACUAUUUCUUUAGAUGAAGAGAAUUUGAUUAUUGAGCUGCAUGCACUUCUUGGAAACAGGUGGUCACAAAUUGCAGCACAACUGCCUGGAAGAACAGACAAUGAAAUAAAGAACCUGUGGAACUCAUCACUGAAGAAGAAGCUAAGGUCAAAGGGCAUUGACCCAAACACUCACAAACCCCUCUCGGAAAUACUUUUAAUCGACAACGACGAAAAAUCGUCGCAAGAAAUCACGACGACAGCUGAUGAAAAGCCGCCGUCGAAUAUUCUUCUUCCGUACAUUAAUAAUAAUAAUAAUUCAAACAACGACGAUAACGGAAUCUUCGGCCUCAACAACAACAACAAUAGGUUCGUAGUUUCCAGCCAUUCCGAUAAUUUCCCCGGUUUCCUAAGCUACGAAAACAUUCUUUCGACCAAUCCCGAUUCGAGUAUUUUCUUCAACGUCGUGUCGAACUCCAAUAAUUCAAAUAUCUCGUCAAACACGAGUAAUAAUAAUAAUACUAAUAAUAAUAAUAAUCCCGCAAGUCCUUUUAGCAUGAAGUUCGAUCAGAGGUGGGAUUCUUGCAAAAUUAGCGACGAUCAAUUUUCGAGAACUAACGGUAGCUUCUUCGAGAAGGAAGAUUAUGAUCAAUCUCAUCAUACUAAUAAUAAUAUUUCGACUUCGGGCGGAGAAAUAAUAUCGGAACUAUAUAUGCAGCAGACUCCAUUCUUAUUGGGAAAUUACGAAGCGCAGUUUGCGAACGAGGGUUCGUUAUUGAUGAGUCAGCAGCAGCAAUUAGAGCAGCAGUCUUUAUUACAAGAUGAAGAAAUAUACAGCAAACUGCAUUUUCAGAGGCUUUUCGGACAUUUUUCUUAGCUUCUGCUAAUUCUUCUUUCAUUUGAUCAUUUGUUUGUGUGAUUUUUUUUUCUUUUUUUUUUUUAUUUUCUUGAAUGAUUUGUAAAUAGAUACAUACAUUGUUUUCGAUUGGAUUACAAAAAAAAAAUUGAUGUUUCGUUAUGCAUUUUCGAUUAUGUGAUCUGCGUGAUUUUUUUCUUUUUUUUUUUUUGGGAUUUACAAUUUGUAAAAAAUCUUGUUAGGUGUGCAAUGGAAUUUAAUAUUUACUUUUUGUCUUAAUCCCACUUAUCACCCUUAAAAUAUCGUGUUUUGUCACUUUGCACCCUCAGGAAAAGUUAAUAGCACUUUGCACCCUCCAAACUCAAUAAAUAUUUCAAAUU